UUUUUUUCUGCGACAUUUUGCUCCACAGGAAGAGAAGGGCGGAGGUCUUUUCGUUAUCAGCGACUCAAACCUCCUCAUUUUCGUCGGUUUUUACUGACCUGCCUGAAAAGAUUUCGACGAUUGAGUUUUUAUUGAUGUGAUCAUCGAUACUCUGUCAGUCCUGUAUUGAUCAGUGGACAUGGGUCGGUCUGUGGUUUACGGAGUGCUUCUGCUGCUGCUGGUGGCUAACGUUAGCUUCUGUCAGGCCCAGACUGUGAAGCAGUACUUCAAGGUUGGCGGCACACUUCAGCUCAGCCCUCAGUCUGUCUCUAAAGCGAUCUCCAGCAUCGUGUGGAAAUAUGACAAGAAUCUGCUGGCUGAGUGGGUGAAAGACGCGAUUCCUCUGACAUAUUACAGCAAGUUUAAAGUCCGAACCACUCUGAACACUGACACAGGAGUGUUGGAGAUCAGGAACAUGACUGCGGCGGACACUGGACUGUAUUCAGUGGAGAUCAACAACCAGGUCCAGAGUCAGGUUUAUCAGACUGUGGAGGUCGAAGAUGUGCCCCAGCCUGAGGUGGAAGUGAAGCCGCUGGCGUGUGAUCGAUCGUCGAAAUGUGAACUGAAAUGUUACGGAGACAUUACAAAUGCCGAGCCUGUCACCUACUCCUGGAAGAAGGACGAUGGAGAGUGGGAAGACGGACAAGACAGAAGGGAUCUCACUAGUCUGGAAAAGGACAGCGUGAAAACUUUCAACUGCAGGAUGAAAAACCCAGUGAGCCAGAAAGAGAGCAAAGCCUUCAAAAAUCCCUUCUACCAGGAGAAACCGCCAGAACCAGAAUCAUCUCCGGUUGGGGCGAUUGUGGGAAGCAUUAUUCUCGUGGUUAUUGCCAUUGUUUUAUCUGUAUUGGGUUUUCUCUACAAAACCAAAGAACCAUUCAAGACUUGGGUUAAUGUUAAUAUAUUCAGGAAAAAAACAGAGGGUAAAAACAAGGCUACAAACGAGGAAAAAAACGAGAGUCAAAGUCUCACCAAAGUGAGUGAUGGCUCCAACACAGCCACUGAACAAUGAAAACAGCCUGCCUGUGUGGAGAUCGUCUUCAAGCUCUCAGCUGUGUGUAUUAUACAUUGCUACUGCUGCAGCAGUAAUUCUCCCUAAAACAAAAGAAAAUGUUUUCUAUUUGAGGGGCUGCCUGUAUUAGCCUAUAAGAGCCCACACCCUUUGUACUGUCAGGAAAGCUAUGGGAUCAUAGCUUUGAAGUACAGUUACAAGUGAUGUGUCUGUAAAAGUGUUCUUAAGGUGGAAAUCUGUCCUGCUCAUUCUUAUUCUCUGAAUCUUUGAGGAGGGUGGCUUUGCAUGAUUCACAGGUCAAUAAUAAUCCUUUAUCUCAUAGCAGUCCUUCACUUCAUUCUCUGUCUGAAACAGACAGACUUGACUCCUGUACACAAUCCACUUUUUGUUUUACACGUAUGAUAAAAAGCAGAAUAAUCCAAUUAAUUAAAUUAAAUCAUGCAGUGAGGCAAUCAUUUAAUCAUGAUAUAAAUAAAAACGAGAAUGUACAUUACUGUCCUAAGACCCUCUGAAUGAUAUGAUAACUUACAUGGAAUGAGGUGUGCUUUUCUUUCUUUUUUUGUAAAUGUGUGCUGUUGUCAGCUUUGUUUUUAGGAUAUUUUAGUGGCUUCAUCCUUGAGGACAAACAUGUACAGAACUGUUUCAGAAAGUGGAAAAGGACGUUUGUGAUGUGUGUGAACGUGCAGCGUUCACGUUUUAUGGAGACAAAGUGAGAAAAUUGUGCCUUUUAAUGUCCUGUCACAGCCGUGUAGGCUGAAGGGCACACUGGACUCACACUGUUGGAUCACACGUUUAAAUCCACUCUGGAGCCCUGCAGUGCUUCUCUGCACCUGAGAGGAUGGAGGACGUUUAUGAAGCAUUAUUCAAACGUGCAUCAUGUACUCCUGUAACGCUUAAUGAGUGACACAUGCCUCUUCAGUCUGCUGUCGUUUUUACUUUUUUAAAAGUUUUUUUUUUAAAGCACUGCAGGGCGAAUUUUCUUGUUUCUUCCGACUCUUCCAUCUUUCACAUCAGCUUCUUUACACAUUGGCAGUUUGAUUAUUUAUUAGAAACUGUGGUGCCUUUAAAAAUAAACCUGGCAGUGCUA